UGGUGAUAGAAGAACAUGGCCUGGCUCUAGGCUGUGAAAAGAUGAGCUAGCAUGUGGGCAUUUGAUUUACGUUCAGAAAUGCGUCACACAUACGUUGAAGUCUGCAGCACUUUGUCACUUAACCUCAGUUUUCUGGCAGGUUUUCAGUGUUUGUAGUCUGUCCCUCUCAACUCUGCAGCCCGUCUGUGUACCUCACAGGUUUGCUCUGUGCCUGUUGUUGCACAAGGUGACCCUCUAAACACUCCAGGAUCCCUGCUGUGAUUCUGGCUUUUCUUUGUAGCGGCCAAAUUACGCACCUCCACCCCCUGUCCACCUGGUGGCGAUGUCUCAGCACCUUCCCACCUGUUUCUCUGAGGGAGAGGAUAGUAGGGGUUUAAGAGGCAGCCAGCUUGACUGAUUAUUGGACCUUUCCUACCUCAUACACCUCAUACCACCUCAUCCCACAUCUGGCUGCUGCCACUGCCCAACUCGGUGCUCUCAGCAUCAAUGCUGGCAAUGUCCAGAGUACCAAGUCCCCCACCAUCGGCAGAAAUGUCCAGCAGUCCUGUGGCUGAGAGCUGGUGUUAUACUCAGAUCAAAGUGGUGAAGUUCUCCUACAUGUGGACCAUCAACAACUUCAGCUUCUGUCGUGAGGAGAUGGGAGAGGUCAUCAAAAGCUCCACUUUUUCCUCAGGAGCCAAUGACAAACUCAAAUGGUGUUUGCGUGUGAAUCCUAAAGGUCUGGAUGAGGAGAGCAAAGACUAUUUAUCACUUUACCUCCUCUUGGUUAGCUGCCCAAAAAGUGAAGUGCGUGCCAAGUUUAAGUUUUCUAUCCUCAAUGCCAAGGGAGAGGAGACCAAAGCCAUGGAGAGCCAGAGGGCGUAUCGCUUUGUCCAGGGGAAGGACUGGGGUUUCAAGAAGUUCAUAAGGAGGGACUUCCUGUUGGAUGAGGCCAACGGUCUGCUGCCUGAUGACAAACUAACUCUUUUCUGUGAGGUGAGCGUAGUGCAAGACUCUGUGAAUAUCUCAGGCCAGAACACCAUGAACAUGGUGAGGGUUCCUGACUGCAGGCUGGCGGAAGAACUUGGAGAUCUGUGGGCAAGCUCCAGAUUCACCGACUGCUCCCUGUGUGUUGCUGGCCAGAAAUUCCAGGCACACAAAGCCAUAUUGGCAGCUCGCUCGCCGGUGUUCAGUGCCAUGUUUGAGCACGAGAUGGAAGAGAGUAAGAAGAACCGUGUGGAGAUAAAUGACGUGGAGCCAGAUGUCUUCAAAGAGAUGAUGUGCUUCAUCUACACAGGCAAGGCCCCCAACCUGGACAAGAUGGCUGAUGACCUGCUGGCUGCAGCUGACAAGUAUGCUCUGGAGAGGUUGAAGGUGAUGUGUGAGGACGCUCUUUGCACGAAUCUGUCUGUGGAGAAUGCCGCAGAGAUCCUUAUCCUGGCCGACCUGCACAGUGCAGAUCAGCUCAAGACGCAGGCUGUGGACUUCAUCAACUAUCACGCUGCUGAUGUGAUGGAGACAUCAGGUUGGAAAUCCAUGGUGAUCUCUCACCCACACCUGGUUGCGGAGGCCUAUCAUUCUCUGGCCUCGGCCCAGUGUCCCUUCCUGGGUCCCCCAAGAAAACGGCUGAAACAGUCCUAGUGGUCUGGAGCGAUUCUCCCGACCUAACCCUGCUGCUUCCUCCCGUACCAGCAGCCUCACUGCUCCUCUCUCCCAAUCCUACUUUUGUACCUAUAGCAUCCCAAGAUGCCCACAACUGACGCCUAGGGCUUGGGUACAUAUAUAGCUAGGGCAGCUAUACAGCUGUGCAGCACAGAGAAUUAUUGGACUAAUGCUAUAGAGGAGGUACUACACAUCACUGUAAGAUGAACUGAGUGAAUACCAUAAGACCUGGACCUGGAUAUUUAAGGAUUGCAAGCCCAAAGCCUUGCUUAUUCCAUAUCCAUCAUCAAUGAUAUUGGAAGGCUACAACUCUAUUCUGCCUGUCAGGCACGUAAAGAACUGAUCUCCUGUGUGAAAGUGAAAAGUCAAUGCUGAGUCCCUGAAAAUAUUUGUCUGUGACGUCUUGACUUGUACAGUGUUGUGACCCAAACUGUGCUUGUGAAGAGACAAGUGAAGAGGAUCAACCAACAGGAAAGUGAAAGACUGUUGUUCCCAUUAUUGGAGACCUUAAUGGUGUUCAGUUUAUUGUUCUUCUAAGGCUUGAACAAUUGUCUUGAUAUUUUUUUUCCAUGAAAGAAUACAAAUGUAAACUGUUUAACUAUUAAAAUCAGGCAGGCACGUUGAGAUGUUUAGCUCAGAUUUUGACUAUUUUCCGAAUAGUGACAGACUUCUGCCAGAUUGUUGUCAUUUAGCAAGUAGCGCGAGGCGCAGUCGCUCUGUUUGAAUAAUAACAUCGAUAACAGUACGGCUCUUGGGUGACUGAGGACAUGACAGUAAUUUUACAAGAGUCCGAUCAAAGUAUUCACUGUAAUCUAUAGUGGGCAUGUUUUAGUGGGCAAUAUUUUAAUAUCUAGUGGGCAGUGUUUUAAUAUAAUUGGCAUAGUAUUUGUUGUCUUGUGACAUUAACUGUGCUUCAAAGCUGACAGACCAUACAGCCACAGAGUAUUUGCUCUUUUUAUGUUGUCUUCUUAUUUUUCAUUCAUUGUAGAAUUGCACCAAAUAAUGCUUUUUUGUCAUUUUUUUUUAAACACAGUUUUUCAGUCUUAUUAUUUUGUUUUUUUAUUCGUUUCGACUGUAUUGGAAGUGUCACUUGAGAAAAUUGGCUGCUUAUUGUUACACUCCUGCUGGUGGUCAGUUGAUCCAUACAAUACAUAAGCAUAAAUGAAAUGUAGGAAAGGCCAAUAAAAGAAAGCGCUGCCAGCUAACACAACAGAGAAGGUAUCUGCCAGUUUCAAAACAUGACAUGUUUUACCUUAACCUGUUGACCUCAGGCAAGAGAUACUUGCAUUUUAACCAUGCAGUAACGUAAACGUCUGCUUGCAGUGAUGAUAUAACAUUUUAUGUGCUUGACUCCCUACUACAUGUGUUAGUGGAGGAUUCCAGCAGAGGGCUUCCAUAUUUGCAUGACCUAAAACAGUAAAUAUCAGGGCAGCCCAUUUCUUUUAAGAAAUUUAUUCUCAGUGGGACUUCAAUUGAUAAAGCUCAACGUCUUCAUUUUGUUUUACCCCUGCUCCCUUGUCACAGGGGUCGCCACAGCGGGUGGCUUUGAUGGUUUGAUCGUGCUUGAUGUUUUUCGUCAUGCAACCACAAUGGGAAUUUGUCUCUCUGGCUAGAAUUGAACCAGCGACCUUUUGCUUGGCAAGCAAACCACUAAACGAUCAGAGUUGUUUGUUCCUAUGUCUAAUUUACAUAUACCUAAGAUGACACUGAUAAUGAAGUGUAGUUGUCUCUGUGCAGAGGCAACAGCACAUCAUAGAGAUGCCAGCAUGCCUAUACAGACUCUGGUACUUACCGUUGGAGUGCUUCUUGAAUCUUCUUGAAACACAUAUUUUUAUUUUUUGAUGACAUUCACAACUGAAGCUCCAAACACUCACCAUCAUGUGUAUAAUUAAAAUCAAGUAUAUCUCAUGCCUUAAUUAAUGUGUUCCCUUGACUUGUUCACCGUCUUGCCCUUUAAAACUGUAAAAUACAUAUAUUUUUGAAUU